AUGAAGAGAACACGAAGUAAGGAAAAAACCAUAAGUAAGAAAAUUACCAUAAAGACGUCCGACCAUUCGGAGGAAGAAAGUGACGAGGAUGUGCAAUUGGAGAAUAUGAAUGAGACUCGAGACCAGAUAAUGAAUAAGCACAAAGAUUAUUGGAAAAAUGUGAUUGAGAAUGAGAUAACCGAGUUUAAUAUUUACAAGAACUACUGUGUGGAUGACACGGUGGACAAAAAGGAUGUGAAGCUGUCUGAUGCGGUUGAGGAUGAUUUGAACAUAAUACAUGAGCUGGGAAAGAUAGGCGAAUAAACUACAGUAAAUAAAACAUGUUUCACACCG